AAACAAACAUUAAAGCAACCUUGGUAUCAUUAGGUCUCGCUUAAAAUUUUCGCCGGUGUGGAGAUAUUUUGUGCGAUUCGCGGCAAAACGAGUGUGCGAAUGUUUGGCCAAUAUAAAUAAAAUAAUUGUGUUGGGAAUAUAUUUUUAGUGAUAAUAUCUGCCUAAAUACUUGCUAUUAAAGAGAAACCUUUCGGAGAAGCUUUACAGGUCUGACAAGAAAAAUUACAGGCCUUUCGCAAUAAUAUCUAAUUGCACGCGGGAGAUAUCCGACUUCCCAGACUUCAUUCAUUUAGUUUAUAACAAAUUAUAGAUAAAAUGCCGUCAAUGAGUCCAAUAGAUUUCUUGGAUAUGGCUGGGAAUAUAUUGGAGCGAAUGGAUAUCAGAGAUAGUUCGUCUCCGGGUUUGCUGGAUGUUAAAAUAAAUCUUACAGGAGUAGCACAGCACGGUUUUGCAACAGCUAGCGGUUUAAAUGAUUAUGAUUAUCAAAAUAUUUCGAGUUUAUCAGUGGGCCCUAAAUCGGCGAUGCAAGUACAUACAGUCAAUAAAAUUCCUAUUCCCUCAGAAAUUUUAGAACAUUUCAAACAUAUAAAAUGUCAUUGUAUGAUGGGAUUGUUUCCGGAAAUCGGUAGAGCAUGGCUAACGAUUGACUCAGAAAUCUAUAUUUGGACAUAUGAACAAGCGCGAGAUGUUGCUUAUUAUGAUGGACUGAAUCAUUUAAUUGUGAGUGUAGGUUUGGCAAAACCCAAACCCGGAGUUUUCAUCAACGAUGUGAAAUACUUAUUAAUUUUGACCACCCCAAUUGAAAUUAUUGUUUUGGGCGUUACAUUUGCGGAUACCACAAAAAUUAUUUCUUCUCCAAUGCGAAAUAUGCAAAGCACUACCACUUUUGAAGAAAUGCAGCUUAUGAAUAAACCAAUAUUUAUUUUAAAUUCAGAUAAUGUUGCUAUUAAUGUUGUGCAAUGCAGUCAAAAUGGACGAAUUUUCCUCGGUGGUCGAGACGGUUGUCUUUAUGAAAUCGACUAUCAUGCUGAUUCCAGUUGGUUCGGAAAGCGCUGUAAAAAAGUAAAUCAUUCUCAGAGUAUGGUAUCAGCAAUGGUCCCAAGUUUUCUUAAACUUUUUGCUGAGAAUGAUCCCAUAGUUAAAAUCGUAAUCGAUGAUAAUCGGCAACUACUAUACACGCUAACAGAAAAAGGAUCUAUAGAGGCGUGGAAUAUGGGUACGGAUUGUGGUAGUAUGCGUCGUUUUGCGAGGGUAUCACAAAAUGAAAUUACACAGCGCGCCAGCAGCAUAUUAAAAACUGUUGAUAAUUCAAUAUUUACCAAAAUUAAAUCAAUUUGUCCCUUAUCAAACGAUGAUAGUCAAAAUUUAAAUUUACUUGCUAUUACGCAGUGUGGUGUACGAUUAUUUUUUGCUGCAAGGCCAUUAAGUUCAUCACAUAACCUUAACCAACAAUCGCAGCUGCAACAAACACAACUUUCGCAAACUUUACAGAUGCAGACAUCCACUAAUUAUCAAAACCCUGGAUCUUCUGGAGGAGCAUCGCCACAGACGACACAAGAUUGCAGUAAACCACAGGGUUUAUAUUUAUAUCAUGUCCGUCUUCCACCUGGAUAUACACCGAACACCACUAUAAAUAAGCCAAAGCAAGUUCAUUCGGCAUAUUACAGCGAAGGAACACUACUGUUAGUAUCAACGUCCCAGCAGGAUCAGGAUCACUUAUGGUCUAUAAGUUCAGCACCAUUUCUUAGUCGACCAUACCUGGCGGAAGCAACAGCAAUGCUUAAUUUAGACGGUAUAGUAUGGAGCUUAUCUGAAGUACGAGACAAAUGUGAGUCAACUAUAAAUUCAGUUUUACGCAAAGCGAAAAAAGCUAAAAAAGUGGUGCUGCUCACAAACCAAGGUGCUCAUAUUAUCGCCUUAUUAAAGCCUGUCGACAUACUCCAGCAGCUACUGACGGCAUACAAUGGCCCUCACAAUGAAGCUGUUAAAACUUUUUUCCAAAUACAAACGGAGUGUGAGGCGUGCACAACCGCAUUACUUAUAGCUUGUUCAGAUCAGUAUCGCAACACUGAUCUGGCAUUGUGGGCGGCACAGGCUUUUCUAUUAUACGGAGGAGAACCAUAUUAUCAUUUUCAAAUGCUUGCAAAUACACAAGCAGGAACAACAAAAAUGAACCCUAUGAAUCCUCCACUAAAUAUCACGCAUCAUGGUAUUGACCGUAACUCGCCGCAAAUGUUUGUCUCAACACCGAUGCCACAUGGUGGGGGUGGUGGCUAUCAAAUAGCUCGUUCACCACAGUUACCACUUUCAAUGCAACAGUCUCAGUAUCCACUAAGUCCCAUAACUGGACAAGAUGCAGGUCAUGAUGGCUUGAUCGUCAAUGACUAUUCUACAGUAAUAUAUUCUGCAAAACAUGAUGGUUUAUAUUUAUAUGUUGCUCGUCUACUUAGACCAAUAUGGAAGAAACGUUGCGUGGACACAAAUUUAUGUACUACAUUAACGCAGGCCGAUUGUACAUUAAUUUUGGAAGAUUUGUUUUCGCUCAAAGUAUUUAUGGAUGCUUAUACUGUAAAUGACUUAUCUGGAUUCACACGUAAUACCUACUCCACUCAAACGAACAUUUCAAAUGGUUACAGUCAUAUGCUAUCCUCGCACAAUCAACUAACACCACACGAUCAAAGAACUGUCACAGAAAAAGCGCAAAAUGAAGAGAAACAAUCACUGAGCGCUUUAUAUCAAUUGGUUAAGCAUGUGUGCGAAGUAAUGUCACUUUGGAAAAUUCUAUGUGAACAUCAGUUCCAAGUACUUGCUACUCAAUUGCCCAAAGAAGAACAAACGACAUUAAGUUCCUGUACAUUUCGCGAUCUAACACUCACUCGCACUGAAUCAUGUGCUUUGCUAAUAGCUACUUUAAUCAAUUCAUAUCUCAAAGAUAAUGCAAGCGUUAGUAUAAUCUCAGCCAAAUUGCGCGAAGUAUGCCCCAAUUUGUAUCGUCACGAAGAUGCUGUCACUUUUAAAGCUACUGAAAUAUUGCUAUCGGCUAAAAGUUGCGAAGCAUCUGAGGGAAAGCACGAAAAACUUAGGACGGCUCUACAGCUUUGUAAGGAUGCCGCUCCUAAUCUACCUCUACAAAAUAUUUGCCAACAAUUUUCAACUGCCGGUUUUGGUGAAGGAGUUAUUGAAUUAACUGCAACUUGUGCAGCAAAAAUCGAUCCGGAAGAAUAUGGUAUCCGGUAUUAUAAUAGUGAUGAGCCCACCGAAGACACUGAGGGUUAUACUGCGUAUUCUGCGCGUAUGUCAUGCUAUAAAGAAAUCCGUUCGAUGUUGGAGACUGUCUAUCAGAAUCAUUGCAAUGCUAAUGAAACACAAGAAUUCGAAUUUCAAAGACAAAUGUGUGAUACCAACGAAAAUAGUUUUAGCGUGCAAAUACGCAAAUUAGUGAAUUUGGCAAUACAAAUAAAAGAUCCAUUACUGCAUAUAACUAUAUAUCAAUGGUUGAUGGCCCAUGAUAUGAUUUCAGAGUUGUUAGCAUUGCCAGAGCCAAGCUUAGGAGAAUUUCUGCGAAGAAAUGUCGUAAAUAAUCCGGGAAAUCUAAAUCUAGUUGAUCUUCUGUGGAAAUACUACGAAAAGAAUGGCCGGCAUGCAGAAGCUGCACAUAUUUUAGAUAAUUUAGCAAGUACUGAGAGUGAAUCCAUAUCUCUGGAUCAACGUAUUGAAUAUCUAGCACGAGCAGUAAUGUGUAUGCGUAAUGAUAGUUCGGGUUUUUCGAUUGCCAAUGGUAUCUUGUUAAAAGAACUAGAGGAUAAACUAGAAAUUGCACGAGUUCAAAAGUGCAUAUUGGAUACACUUUCCUCACAUGUAAGAACGGAUCACAAUACAGUGCAAGCUAUAGAAAAGCUUAAUUUUACGUUAUACGACAUUACACAACUUUAUCAACAAUUUGCUGAUCCGUUUGAUUUGUGGGAAUGUAAACUAACCAUAUUAAAUUGUUCGCAUCACAAUGAUCCAUUGUUAAUUGAAACAGUUUGGAGUCAGAUUAUUAAUAAGGCUGUAGAUGGCAUAGGUACUACACAGGAACGUUGCACACGCUUGUUCACCAAGAUUGAAUCACUGGUUAAAGAGUUUCGAGAGUCUGGUCAUUGUUUCCCAUUAGCGUUUAUUAUACGCGAGCUAGAAUUGAAAGCCUGCCAACUUCGUUUUCCAGAGGGGAUUGUACCUGACAAGUUGGUGGCAAUGAAUAUAGAUAUUGACCUUUUAAUGGAAUACUACUUCCGUAUGAUUUCAAUGAACGAACGUGUUUGGGCAAAUGAAGGAAAUGAAUGGCAUUUGGUGCAAUCUUCCAUACGCGUUGUGACCUUGUUAUGUGGGCAAAUUCGGUCUAUGUGGAACCGUUCUAAAGGGCGAAUUGUUGGAAAAGCACAGGAUAUCGUAUCGACUUGUUUAAGUUUCUGUUAUCAAAAGCCUGAUACUGAACAACUGCGAAAUGCGCUCAAAACAUUACAAUGCCAAUUGCAGGAUAAUUUAUUGUGAAGUUUUUAAAUUUUUUAUAUCAUCCAUCAAUAUAAACAUAGAAAUAAAAAUAGAAA